ACACUAAUAACAAUAAAAUUAAAUAAUAACAUAAAAUUAGUUACUACCGAAUAGUAGAAAACGAGAAAAAUUUUUUUCAUUUUCCUUGAUGUCCCUUGUCACCCCGCAUCCCCUUCCCUCACAAAGAAAAAAGCCCGCGAAAUUUUGGUGUUUUUCUGUUUGUGCAUGUUCCGACAAGUCGCCGCAAAAUUACAAAAUAAUAUUAUGUUUGAGUCAUAUUAUGUUAUUUGUGUACAUCUUUAAUGUUUAUAAUUUGCUUUGUUAUUUUAAAUUUAUAGUUUGUGUAAUGUCUAUUGCGGUUUGCUUUUCUAAUUAUUUUGUGAAUAAACAAAAUGUGAGGUCUUUUAGUAAUAUUUUUAAUAUGAAUUUAUUGAAGACGAAUAGCAAAGAAAUAAAAAAACACAUAUUUGAAGAGGAAUGCUUGGUAAGUGUGUUGUCGCUGGAACUUCUAGAUAUUUUAAAUCAUUUGAUAACUAAUAUUAAAACAAAUUGCAGUCAAGAUUUUAAGAACUUUUUUUCUGAACAUAAUAGUACAAAGGACCGCAAGUUAGUUGAAGUUAAUAAGAAUGAUGUUUUUCAAGGCUGUGAGAAAGGUUUGAAUAAAAUUAUUCCAAAAACUUUAUUUGGAUGUAAUCACAACUAUAAAAUAUUUCGAAAAUGCAUUAAAAUUAUCAUUUUUACAAUGCGAAAACAAUGUUAUAUAUUUGAAAAUCUAUUACAAAGUUGGGACUACAGUGUGGAACCAUGGAAUAAACACGAAUUAAAGAAUUCACAAUUAUUUUUGAAAUGUAUUCUUUUGUGGUUAUUUAAAUAUAUAUUAUCAGCUAUCAUUUGCUUAAAUUUUUAUGUUACUACGCGAAAAGAUUUGGAUGAGAACAAGCUGUAUUACUUUUGGAAAUCAAAUUGGCAUCACUGUUUUGAUAAAGAAAUCCAUUUGAUGAUGUUACGAGGGACGAUUGUAAAAGCUGCACACUCACUGGGAAAAUUAGCAAGAAGGAAGUAUAGCAUGCAGGAACGUUUGAAGAUUAAACAGAUGAACCAAGAAAUACCUAGACUUCAUUUGGUAUUAAAAUCAAAUAAUGAUUUUCGACCAAUUGUAAGAUACAAGAACAAUAUGAUAAACUCAUCUGAAAAGUAUAAAGUAAAAGAAAGGCUUAUUCUCCUGAGAAAAUUAAAUGGAAAGGAGAACCCUAGAGUUGAAACCCAGUUUCAGUCAUUGUAUUCAAAGUGGUCAGUACAAGGCAAGCCAACCCUUUAUUUCGUUAAAACCGAUUUAAGCAAUGCAUUUGGAUGUAUUAAUAGAUCUAAGCUUUUCAAGGUUAUUGCUGAGAAGCAUUUUAAUUAUAAAAAGACUGAAUAUUCACAGCAUUUGAAUAAAAAAAUUGCAACACAUCUGAAAGAGUUGGUUUCAGAGUUGCAUAGCCCGCUUCUUGUUCGAAUAGGGUCUUCAGUCUAUGAGUGGAAGACUGGAUUAGUCCAAGGAUAUCAAUAUUCACCAGCGUUAGCUGAGCUUUAUUACUCUUAUAUGGAUGAUUUGUAUUUUAAACAGCAUAUAGAGCAUAAUGAGAUUGGGCUGAAAUUGUUUGCUCGAGUUGUAGAUGACUAUUUGUAUAUAACUGACAGUGUAGAAGAUGCAAUCACAUUUUUGGAUAAGUUAUCAAACUAUCCCAAUGUUAAUAAACAGAAAACUGUUAUAAACUUUCAACAUAAAGAUUUUAAACAUAGCAAGAACAUAACUUUUGUUGGCUAUAAUUAUGAUACUGAGAAACUCAUUGUUAGUAGAGCUAAUAAGAUAUUUACUGGACAGAUGUGCUUUAAAAUUACUUUUUCCCCUGCCAUUGUGAAUCUUGUAAAAUUUUUAGAAAAUAGAGUUGGUCAAUCUGCCAUACCAAUUAACCGACAUAUUUUUAACCUAUAUCACAAAGACGAAGAAAUAAUAUGGAGACAUAUAUUUAUUACCUUUUGUAUUUCUGCAAAUAAGUUUUGUUCAAUUUUGUCAGUAAUUUGCCCGGAAAGUGAAAUGUUCAAAUAUAUCCCUCUGUAUAAGAGAGUGACUCUAAAACUAUGUAAUUCCAUUAUAAAUGUAUUGCUACAAAACACGCCUGAAGACUAUUCAUUGGUAUUUUGCAUAAAUCAUAUUUGUUAUGUCUCAUUUAAGGCCUUACAAUUGUGUGCAAAGAGAACAUCAAAGUGCAGUGUUAUUUUACCAUAUAUCAAUACAGAGUUGGCAAAAACAAAUUGUCUAUUUGGAAAGUGGAGGGAACAUGCUAGCAGAUUAGGUGAAACAAAAAUAGAGGCAAAUCGAAUUAUUUGUAGACGAACAGAUCUUAGAAAAAUCAUGAAAGAAUUUGAAGAACUGCCUGCUGGGUUUCUGUGCUAUAAUAAUAUAUACUAAUAACUUCAAUUACUACAUUGAAUACUUUACAUAAGAACUUUAUCAAAUAAAACUAUGUUUUUUA